UCGAUGAUUAUAGCUGCUUGGGGUUUAGGAAAGUCAAUCAUUUCUUUUGUUAAACCUAUCAGUUCUCAAGUCGUGGACUACAUAUGUCUGCCAGACCAUAGCCAAAAGCUUGGCUAUCAUCAGAAGGUUAUUGAUGAUAUCAAUUUUUUGAAAGAACAACUCUAUUAUAAACCCUCUUGGAUGUGGAAGGUGUUUGCUUUUAUGUGGUGCUGCAUUACAUGGAGAUGGUAUGAGAACUAUGUUCCAGGAACAAAGAUUCCCAAGAUGCCACCUGCUUCCGGUAAUAAUCUCAGGAUAAUAGUCUUCGUUGACGAUCUCGAUCGUUGCGAAGAAAACGUGAUUCUGCAGGUAUUAUCAGCAGUGAAUCUGGUUUUGGCCGCAUGCCAGAUCAACGUUAUUUUGAGCAUGGAAAAUAGCAUGAUCCAAAGGGCAAUAAUAAGAAAGUACGGGAACAGCAAUAACAAAGUUAAUAGCAAGUCCAAUCAGGACUUAGCAGACAAAUAUUUAAGGAAGAUAGUUCAGUUGCCGCUACACCUACCAGACCCUCGUGACAAAGAGUCCAAUGAGUUUUUGCAAUGCCAGCUAGGCGUGUGGGAUAGUAGAAAAAGUUCUAGCGGUUCAGCAGCAGAAACAGAAAAACACAAUGAAUAUAGGCCUAGAAAAACCAAUCCAAAGUUCCAAAUUGGAGCUUCAAUUCCAGAGAAACCUCAACUAGGUAGAAGAGAAACGAAGAAAGAUUUUGUAUUUGUAGGUAGAGGAGGAAGAAAGAAAGAUUUGGCAGAAUCUAGACCUGAACAACAAAGAGUCCUCAGCAUUUCAGGUAGAGGAGAAACAAAAAUAGAUUUGGCAGAAUCUGGAGCCAAACAAGAAACAGCCGUCAGCAUUCCAGAUGAAAUUAUUCUAGAUGCAGGUCUAAGCAUCACUGUAUUGAUGAUUUUAAUAUAGCCCUUAACUAGAGAAUGUUGCUUCCCCAGCAGACACAACCCAGCAAGGAUCAGGAAAAACGGAAGAGCCAAAAACAAUUAAGAAACCAGAGAGGGUAUCUCCGAUCACACAAAUAUACAGAAAUAUACAGAAAUCUUUGUACAAUGUACGAACCAACAAUUCACAAUCCGGAGUUGAAGAAACAAAGAUUGAGAUAGAACGACCAAGAAAAAACGAUGAGCAAA